UACAGUCAUAGUGAGUGCGGACAGCGGUCGGUGUUAAUUCGACAACACGGUUUUAUAGCUCCUGUCAGGAACCGACACCGACCUGAAGGAAACCAUACACAUCAGAAAGUCUAGCGUUUCUCAAGCUGUUAAAGUAUUCAUGGAGAGUGUCGCCUUCACCUCAAGCAGGCGCAGGUUACUUCGAGAAGGACUGAAAUUUCAUGCUGGGUCCCAAUUUUCUCGGCUGGCCAAACCGUGAACAUAAAUGCCUAGGACAGAGAGGACGCCACGAACUUCCAAUGUGAUGCAUCUUUACGAUAGGAAAAUUACUCGACUAAGAUGGGUAAUAAGCAAACGAUAUUUACUGAUGAACAGCUAGAUGCCUAUCAGGACUGCACCUUCUUUACCCGCAAGGAAAUCCUUCGCUGUGAAUAAAAUUAAUGAGGUCUCUUUCAAAGGAUGAGUCGAGAGGAACUGCAGUAAAACCAUCUCCCCUUUCUCUGCAUUGCAGUUUGCAUGGAAGAUACCACGAACUGGCUCCACAUUUGGUUCCCAUGGACUACACCAAUGACCCCGAUGUUAAAGUCCCUUUAGCUCUCAUAGUCAACAUGCCAGAACUGAAGGAGAACCCGUUCAGGAAUCGGAUUGUGGAAUCGUUCUCAGAAGACGGCCAGGGGAACCUCAGCUUCAAUGAUUUUGUGGACAUGUUUUCGGUUCUCAGCGAAAUGGCCCCUAGAGAACUUAAGGCCAUUUAUGCUUUUAAAAUAUAUGACUUUAAUGUGGACAAUUACAUCUGCAAGGAGGACCUAGAAAAAACUUUAAAUAAGCUUACGAAGGAAGAGUUGACACCAGAGGAGGUUGUUCUGGUGUGUGAGAAGGCCAUCGAGGAGGCCGACCUGGAUGGAGACAAUAAACUCUCCUUUGCUGAUUUUGAGAACAUGAUCUCUAGGGCUCCUGACUUUUUAAGUACCUUUCAUAUACGAAUCUAAAAUGGCUAUAAUGAAAGACAACGCCGAUGAUCUCGGAGCCUGAAUAGACGUGUCCAAUUCAGAGGAUGAAUGUCUUCAGUUGUUUUCCUUUCGUUUCAAACCCGGAAGCACACUUCGGAUCGGAUUACUGACAAAUGCCUGACUGUUUUUCACCGAUGGAAAACUUCAAACGUUGGUCUAGAAAUCCUGUUGCAUUCUUGGAGAGAGGAAACAGCGGAACGGCGAGGCCUUCCCCGGGUCCUGGAGUAAAACUAUAUGGCAUAAAAUGGGCUUUUACAAAUGUUCUUCUCAGUCUUAAAAUGUCUGUGGCACAUCGGACACACUUUAAACUCACUCUCCCCCUUCUAAAGACAAGUUUUUGGAUUGGAGUACAACACAGGACAUUGGUUAUCCAAAAAUGGAUGGAGGAUAAACCAGAGAUGGAACCAGAGAGUGAGAGAGGGCUACAAGCACAGCACUGGCAUUACCGUCAACAAGACAGCGUUUUUACAGCUAUGCAAUCUUUCUCCAUUAAAUGCAUGAAUAAGAUUAUGUUCCCCACCUUUUCCUGUUCCCUCACGCACCUGGUACCAACAGCUUUGCCAUUUCAAACUCUAUAAUCGCUUAUUGAACUGGAGCAUGACGACAAUCAUAUCUAAAUGUUCUCCAGUUAAACGAAGGGCUCUGUUAUCUUAUAUUUCUCCUAUUGUCUUUUACUCUUUAUGUAUUCGUUUAGUCCGAGAAUCCCUGUGUUCCCUCUGUCCUAACUUGAAGUAUUAUCGUCUCUUAACCUCUGACUUUUUUCAGUAUUUGAUGUGAUAGAGGGCAUUUGACUUAACUUUUAAUAAAAGUUUUCUGUUGAUUGUU